AUGCCACACCAGCUUGCUUUGAUACUGUUCUCGUUCCUGGUCAGUCCAGGAGCCGGCGAGCCGGACUGCUCUCAACGUCCCGACUUGAAUGCAUUGAAAAACUGUUGCAAAAUGCCAUUGCUGGAGCUUUCCAAAUACACCUCGCAAUGCGGCCAGUACCUGGUCAAUGGGGCGCACAUUACACCCUGCAGCUUUGAAUGCAUUUUUGAUGCGGCGAAAGCCCUGAACGGAACCAGUCUGGUUAUGGAAAAUAUCCGUAAAAUGAUGGAAACCCUUUUGGAGAGCCAUCAGGAGUUUGUGGAUAUCUAUACGGAGGGCUUUCACCACUGUUCCGGAGAGGAGCAGGCCAUGAUCAAGAGCCUGAAGCGUCGCCGCAUGCCCAUCACCGGUAAGUGCUCCUCCAUGUCGGUCAUGUACGGCCUCUGCGCCCAUCGGUAUGUGUACAGGAACUGUCCGGAGAGUGUGUCCAGCAAGAGCACCAUGUGCAUCGAGGCUAGGGAAUACAGCAUUCACUGUGAAUAGGUGCGCUACAUCCUCGAAUAAAUAAAC